AUGUGGAUAUUGAAAACCUUUGUGUGGAAGCAUGAUGGCACCUAUUCUAUCUACAAGUCACAGUGCUGCGAACUCCUCUGGGGGAUUAUCACACGCAUCUCUCUUUCACGCAUUGUCUUCUUCCAUAUUCAUUUCAGUCAGUUCUGCUGA